AGCUACGGUCUCUUCAAGUCAGAAAGUCAUUCUUGGCAGUACAAAAGUUUUGGAGAAGCAGAUCUAAUUGUGUUUCAAAUAAUUUAAUAUCUAAGUGCAACCGACAACCAAUUGGAUCAGGAAAGAUGGCAAUCGAUGAUAUGAAGGACCUAUUGAUCGUAAAUGUUUCUGACCAAGAGGAUGCAGGUAUGUCAGAUGACUUGAAGGAAACUGCAAUGGAUUGUAAUAUGCCCGAUGGUGAAUCUUCUCUCGUAAUCACUGAUGGCGAUUCUAUGUCAAAGAUCCCUGAUGACGCUGCCAUGGCAACCAGCGACCCUAAGAAGAAAAAGAAGAAGGUAAAGAAAUUGAAACGUUCCCAAAAAGCCAAGGAUCGUCUUGUUCGCCCGUUGCCCAAGGCCGUGACCUCCAAGGAUGCCCUUAUGGUUUUGAAAGAGUUAAAGGGCGUGAUAAUCGACAACAUGCAAAUAAAACAAGACCACGAGGGGAAGAAUGUGGCUAACAUUGUUGUUAACUCAAAGAAAUACGAUGCGGAGGGUUCUUCAGAAAACUCUGCAGGGAAUGCAGCUUGCGAGAAGGCUCUGCGAGAAAUCCUAACCACCAAAAUGAAAGCUCUGUUGGCCGAGCCAGAAAACAGCUCGGGAGGCGAUGAAGAUAAUAUACUCGAAAAGAUGACCUCUUAUGCCGUUUACAAACUUGCUGAGAAAUGGAACAGCGACGCUAUUGAUGUUGCAGCCCUGUAUAAUGACGUAAAGAACAAGAAGACGUCGUCGUCAGUUGGACAGUUGCCCAAAUUAUGGAAGAAUAUGCACCCUUGCAUGGUUCUGAUGCAAAUGCGCCCCCAGACCACCUUCAAAUUUUUAGGUAGCUCUGGUGAAAACCGUAAAGUUUUCUCAAUGGGCGUCUCCGUGGACAACUGCGAGUUUAAGGCUGAUGGGCCAACCAAAAAAGAUGCACGCCGCAAAGUAGCCGCAUUAGUUUGUAACAAACUCUUUGGAACCGACUAUCCACAAGCAUAAGCGAAAACAUCACAUGUAUCUGGGCACCCCCUACUACCUUAAAACAUAUUCCCGGCAUUCACAAAUAAACUAUACGAAAUACAAUCUACAUACAUAUUCAAUCUACAACAUACAAUUCCAUCUACAAUACAAUAAUAAAAUAAUUUGACAACAUUAU